CAUAAACAACAUUAAGUAUUAGGUUUCUUGCAUCCAUUCCUUUAUUCAGAUUCUCACGUUGGACUCCAUUUUUUUGCUGUUUUCAUGCAUUCUCUAUGUUUGUAUAAAAGGGUAUCCCCUGUUUUCCCAUGAAGAUUAUCAGCCAUCUCUAAUUUGAAAUUAAUUAAUCGACUAGAUUAUCAAAGAUGGCAAAAAACAUUGGCAUUCUUGUUUGUCUUCUUCUUGUGAUUUUGGAUGUUGCUGCUGGUAUACUAGGAAUUCAAGCUGAGGUAGAACAAAAUAAGGUUCAAGACUUAAAGGUGUGGAUCUUUGAAUGUAGAGAUCCAAGCUAUGAAGCUUUUAAGCUAGGAUUGGCUGCAACAGUACUUUUGGUUCUGGCACAAGUUAUUUCUAAUCUGCUUGCUGGUUGUAUUUGCGUCCAGUCCAAGGAAGAGCUGGAUAAGGCCUCUUCUAACAAGCAACUUGCUUUUGCUUCAUUUGUAUUCCAAUGGAUCAUUAUGGCCAUUGCAUUCUCAUUGCUGGUAGCUGGAACAUUGUCAAACGGGAAGGCAAGAAGAUCUUGUGGCAUAUCACACCAUCGUUUCUUGUCGAUAGGAGGGAUAUUGUGCUUUAUCCAUGGACUUUUCUCAGUUUCCUACUACAUCUCUGCUACAGCCACCAUCCAGGAAGAUAAGAAGCUGAAUCAACAAGGAGGUCAUGCAUGAAUACAAAAAAAAAUUUACUCUCUUCCAAUAUAUGCAGCCUUUGCUAACAGAAUUAGAUCAACUCAGUGCUCUAUACGAGAGAAAUGAAAGAAGAAUAUGUAUGGAGAACUCAUCAUAACCAAGUCCCAUAUCUCCCUUUUAAAAAUUCCUAAUAUUUCAUGUAACAUUUCUUGAAUUUUAUGUUGUUUGUAACUUUUUCUUGACUCUAAUGUAAUUUUGUGUUCAUAAUAUGUCCUAGGCAAACAGUAAUGUGAGUUGCGUUGAUUUCCCAAAAGAAGAACGAAUGUAUUAAAGCAUUGUUGGUC